UACCCCAUUGGCUCUGACGCCGUCGAAUAGCCGUUCUCCACCCGAAUCCACGUGCAUUUCAAACGGUAAAAGGUACUUUCGCCUGAUUUGAUCCCUUGAAUCCCGAGUAAUGCGCAGCAGAUUUGAAUUACUGCCACAGGGGAAGAUACGAGUUCUUUGUUUACACUUCUUUUAAAAUAGCAAGAUAAACUUACUGUGCUGUAUUUUACUUCAGGCAAGUUGUAUUUGAGACCUAUCAAUUCUCAUUAUACGAUAGUUUAUUCUGAAGCUUUUGUUUCGGUAAGGUUAUCUCGUAGUUUGAAAUUAAGUUCGGGAAAAUAUAUCUGUUAAUAUGUUCUAAUAACCAAGAAAAAAAAAAUUAUCAAGAAUAUCAAUAUUGGACAGAAAAGUUCCUUAAUGAAAUACUCUGCAUUUCGCAAACUGAACUUGAAAUUAUUUUUUAUUUCUGUGCUUAAGAAAUUGAUCGGCGAUUAGAUUUAAAACUUGCAAGAUGAACAUGACACUCACUGCACAGAUAGAUUGAAAACUUGUAGAAAAGACAUGAUACACAAAUCUAUCACGGCUAAGUUGUUUCCUAGAACUUUUAUGAAUACUGCACUACUUUAAGGUUCUGUAAUCUACAAUGAAUACACAUAGAAUUAUCUUUACCUAAAUCAACAUGUCCAGUGUUAAAAUUGAUGACAGUGGUUCAAAGUCUUCCCCUUCUCCUGCAUCUCCCGACAGCCGAGAAACAAGUGACCAUAAUCCACCCUCAACAAAAGUUACAUCAAUGGGUCUAAUUGCUGAAGAAGCGAAGCCUCGGCUGUCUGCUUUCACACCAGUUUCAGCCGGACAUCCGAUGCCCGGACUUCCUGGACUCACACCUUCUUUAGUUGGACUAUCAGAAUAUCUAAACUCUAGAAUGUUACCAUUUGCAAAAUUUGCAGACUUGGCAGCGAAGAGUUCUGCUGAAAGUUCUAGUCUUCUGGCAAAUAGGUCAUCGGUCGUGGGGGGUUCUAGUACAGACGGAGCAUCCCCUGCAGCGGACACUUUUCCACCUGUGUUCCGUCCUAUGUUUCCACCAGGCGGACUUUUUCCAGGUGCAGACACUGCCCUCAUUUAUAGGGGACUUGGGGAGUUCCCCCUUGCACCUACUGGUCUCCCAGCAUUUUUUCAUAGGAGAAGACGCAAGGAUGGUCGGCAGAGACGCCAAAGGACAACUUUCACCAGUGAGCAAACUCUUCGUCUGGAAAUGGAAUACCAUCGCAAUGAAUAUAUUAGUCGUCCUCGGAGGUUUGAACUGGCAGAAUCAUUAGACUUAACAGAAACUCAAAUUAAAAUUUGGUUUCAAAACAGAAGAGCCAAAGAUAAGAGAAUAGAAAAAGCUCAAAUGGAUCAACAGUUCAGGUGUAUGGCAUUGGCUAAUUCAUUAGGAUCUCUUUAUGCACCACCAACUUCCACCUCCGGAGUUUGCCCGUCAUUUUGUGGAACAUGCUAUUACAAACCGGGAACUUCCCCACUUCUAAGUUCUCCCUCAGCUACACCGUCAUCCAUGCUCACUUCCAGGUUUUAGUUUCAAUAAAAUGGAAGAUGUUCCUGAAGCUAUAGUUUUCCCGAAAUCAAUAGCAAUCGAUCAAUAUAAAUCAAACUUUCAAUAAAAAAAUUAUCUAUCUAGUUGAAAUUUAACAGCAGGGAUGGGACACAUACUUUAAAUGUCAGCAAGAUAAGACUAAAUUUGGAACUUGCUAUUGCAUAUUUGAAGGACAUAGCUUGUUGGAUUGAUGAAACUAAAACUAUAUUGAGACAAUUGUUGCAAACAUUUUAUCAUCAACUAAAGAUAUUUUGUGAAGUCAUACCGGUGAUUAGGUUAAAGGUUGCAUUUUCUGACUAUUCUAACAGUAGUUCUGAAUUAUGAAACGAACGAUGCUCAAAGGUUCUAUGAAUUCCUAAACAUAAUUCAGUUUCAAAACUAUAUAACAGAAUAAUCCAUGAAGAAGUGCUAAGGUAUUAGACAAAACGUGUUUCUAUUUUUACAGCAAAGCCAUGAACUGUGCUAAAUGCAUAAUUUUCGCCAUUCGCUGUUUAAAAAAAAAGAAGAAAUAGAUUAAAGUUCCUGCAUGAACAACGAACAAAAUCAAUAUAAAAUUUGCUCUGAGCACUGAGCUGGUUCAGUGCAUAUUUGUGAAUUGAUUUUAUGAUUCCAAUACUUAUUUGGUAUUUAUUCUUUUCAAUAUAUUCAAAAGAUUAUUAAUGAUCUCUUGAGAAAUAAUAAGUCAAAGAGUUUUCUAGUCCUAGUACUCCUUUAAUUUACAAGUUAACAAAUGAGUGAAUCACUUAAUAGAGUUAUAACAAUGUAUUUUAAAAAUAAAAUGUUAUAGGUUUACUGUAUAAGAUUUUUUUUUCUUAACACUUUAUA